GUUCUCCUAAGUCCCAGACAGACCCCUCCAUCCCCUCAACACUGUGGCCUACAACAGGCAUCCCAGCUACUGUGGCUCGGUCCCCACAGAGGAAGCUCUACGUAGGAAGGGAAGCUUACGAGAGAAGGAAAGGUCCUCAAUGUCCAGUGGUGAGAUGCCUCUUCUGCAUGUGUGAGAGAAGUAGUAGUCCCAUCCAACGUCACUUCACUUACCAUGGAGCUCAGUCACAAUUAAGCUGCCCACUUUGCUUUCCAAAUCUAUGAUGGUGUAAUCCUCAGUAACAUCCAUAAAAGUCAGAAAGUUUUUGCCUUGGUCUAACCUCGUCAGAGGUCUUUCCAUGCCAAAAUACCUGUGCAAGUAGGUGACGUUCAGGGUACCAUUGUCCAGGAGAACAAUGCCAGUCAUGAAGCACCGAUAAGCAUCUCCUUCCUCAACGACAGAUGGGUCAGUGGCAGCCAGCUUGAAGGUAUGCCAAGAUCCUGUCACCUGCACAGAGUAAAGUUUAAUCCUGGCCACUGAGCCUGGAGAAUCAUCUUCCUAAGGUUGGAGCCUCUGUGCACCCACAUGCUGAGUGCUCAGUCCAAGAAGACACAGGAGAGGAAUGAAGGUCCUACUGUUUCUCAGUGUGGGGCUGGGCCUGACCUGGGCACUUCAGGAUCAAACCAAUGUUCCCGUGGCGCCGUACUUCGUACCUGAACAGGUGACAGGAUCUUGGCAUACCUUCAAACUGGCUGCCACUGACCCAUCUGUCGUUGAGGAAGGAGGUGCUUAUCGGUGCUUCAUGACUGGCAUUGUUCUCCUGGACAAUGGUAACCUGAACGUCACCUACUUGCACAGAGAAGAUGGAAAAUGUGUGGAGAAAUUCUACAUUGCAAAGAAGACUGAGACACCUGGACGCUAUACGUUUGACUACCAAGGCAAAAACUUUCUGACUUUUAUGGAUGUUACUGAAGACUACACCAUCAUAGACUUGGAAAGCAAAGUGGGCAGCUUAAUUGUGACUGAGCUCCAUGCCAGGAGUCUGUCCACAAGUGACGUUGGAUGGGACUACUACUUCUCUCACACAUGCAGAAGAGGCAUCUCACCACUGGACAUUGAGGACCUUUCCUUCUCUCGUGAGUGUGACACACUCUAGUCAGCGUUUCCACGACCCACAUCUCCUGAAGCUUCUGACGUCGUACACUGACCCACUUUUCUCCGAGUAAUAAAUAAACUCAGUAUCUGCUCAA